AUGUUUGAAAUAAAGAACACCGUCACCGUGGUAGAGCCUACUUUGAGUGAUAGCGCUUCGAGCAGAGACGAGGGCGGUUCAACCAAUGAAGCGACCCUUUCGAGAGAAUUAAGCCCCGGAGUUGUAUCCCUCCUGACACUCGGGAGUGCGGUAGGGACUGGUCUUAUCAUUGGUAGUGGUACGGCUUUGGCAAGAGGAGGUCCAAUAAGCAUUUUUCUUGCAUAUCUGUUCACAGGCUCUAUUUUGGCUGUAGUCAUAUUCUCCCUCAGCGAGAUGGCGGCCUUCCACCCUAUGGAUCGAGGAUUUAGUGGAUAUCUGACAAAAUAUGUCGAUCCUGCUUUUGGGUUUGCUGCUGGAUGGAACUACUUUCUAAAAUACGCUAUUGUACUGAGUGCCAACUUGACCGCCUUUGGACUCGUUAUUGGAUACUGGCGACCUGAUAUUAACGUGGCGGUAUGGGUGACUGUCCUUUAUGCGAAUGCGUUUGUGGUUAAUUUUCUUGCCGUCCGAUACUUUGGAAAGCUCGAGGCCUUCAUGACAGUUGCGAAAUUGACAAUACUGCUACUCAUUUUUAUUGUAUGCCUCGUGAUAACUUGCGGUGGUGGACCUGAUCACACUACGAUAGGAUUUCGUUACUGGCGUGAAAGUGGCUUUCUGCCCUAUUUGGUGAAAGGGAACACAGGCAAAUUCCUAGGAUGGUGGGCUUGUGUAAUUCAGUCUAUUUUUGGCUUUAUGGGUUCUGAAAUGAUAGGUAUAAUUUAUGGGGAAACUGCUAAUCCUCGAAAAACGAUCCCUAAGGCUUCCAGAAACGUCAUAAUUCGAAUAUGUGUGUUUUACAUCUUUGGUGUUUUCGUCUUAGGGCUAGCUGUUUCGCCACAUAAUGCAAAGUUGGUUCACGCCCAUAGUACUGAUGCCAACGCUUCCCCUUUUGUCAUUGCAAUUAGUACCAGUGGCAUCAAAGUCCUACCCAGUUUUGUCAAUGCUUUUUUGUUGGUGUUCAUCACUAGUUCAGCUUACACCGACAUUUAUAUCUGUUCUAGGCAACUUUAUGGACUUGCCAAAGAUGGAGCAGCACCAAAGAUCUUUUUGCGUCUCAACAAACAUAAGAUACCGAUGGUCGGAUGUGUUGUGGGAUCAUUGUUGGGAUUUCUAGCCUACAUGAACACUAAGAAGUCGGCAGCUACUGUUUUUGGCUACAUCACCAGUACUGUUUCAGUGUUUGGUAUCCUUAAUUGGUUUUACAUCUUAGUUGCCUACAUUCACUACGAUAGGGUAGUCAAAUCACAUGGAGUAAGGUUGGAUGAGAUUCCAUUUCGUAUGCCGUUCCAACCUUACGCGGCAUACAUCGCACUAUUCUUUGUUAGUGUAAUCACUUUUUUCAAUGGCUAUAGUGCUUUCAUUCUGAAGUUCAAUUAUAAAUUAUUCAUCACCAGUUACAUUGGUAUUUUUGCAAACGUUUUACUGGUAUUAGGAUACAAGCUGUAUUAUAAAACAAAAUGGGUGAAACCAGAAGAAAUAACUUUUGAAAAGAAGCAAAUGAUCUAA